AUGGUCAACCUCGCGGCCACAAAGAUUGGCCCGGUGCGAUAUAAUUCGCCAUGGACGCAGGUCACUAUCCUCGGUUUCGUGACAUUUUGCUCAGUGGGCAUGUUCAGCGCAGUCCAGGGCCUGGGCGCUGGUGGUACUCAAGAUACACAGCUUUCUGACACGGCAAAUGGCGUCUUGUACGGCUGUUUUGCCAUUGCCGGCUUCUUUGCUGGUUCGGUAAAUAACAUGCUUGGCCCAAGACUCACCCUCUCUAUCGGCACAACGGGAUAUGCGCUCUACAUCGGCUCUCUCUGGGCUUUCCAAGUCCACAAUACGCGAUGGUUCCUCAUUCUCGCCGGCGGCAUCCUGGGCGUUACCGCCUCGCUUCUCUGGGCCGCCCAGGGGUCCAUCAUGAUGGCCGAACCGCUUGAAAAGGACAAAGGCCGGUCCUUCUCGCUCUUCUGGGCCCUCUUCCAGAUGGGAACCCUGGUCGGCGCCGCCAUCGCACUCGGCAUCCAGGCUCAUUCCACCUUGCCUGGGGUCUCCACGGGUGUCUACCUGGCCUUUCUGAUCAUCAUGCUGACGGCCAUCGUCACGUCCUGGCUUCUCCUCCCGCCUCAUCUCGUUGUUCGCGGUGAUGGCACUGUUGUGGAGAUCGAGGCUGCAAUCACCCCUAAGCAGGAGUUCAAGGAGGUGUGGGCCCUUUUGAGGGACUGGCGCAUGAUCGCCCUGUUCCCGAUGUUCUUCUCCAGUAACUACUUCUAUGCUUAUCAAGGUGCGAUCACCACGGCCCUGUUUAACGGCCGCACGCGCGCCCUGGUCUCCCUCCUGACCGGAGUCGGCUCCAUCGUCGGCUCGAUAAUCAUCGGCCAGCUCACGGAUAACCUGCCCUUUGGCCGCCGGAAGCGUGCCUUGUUUGCCACGGCAUUUGUCACCGUUCUCAACUGCGUUAUCUGGGCAUGCGGUCUUGCAUUCCAAGUCCAGUUCACCCGCGCCAACUCCUCCGUCCGAGGCGAGGAGAUCCCAUGGGACUGGACCGUCGGCGUCUCUGCUGGACCCAUCGUGCUCCUGCUGGCCUAUUAUUUGGCCGAUGCCAUGUUCCAGGGCCUCGCUUACUACACCAUGUCGUCUAUCACCAACGAGCCAUUCAAGCUGGCGCGUAUGGCCGGCUACUACAAGGGAAUCCAAUCUGCUGGUGCAGCUGUCUCUUUUGGCAUGGAUGCCGUGAAGACUGCUUACCUUGUCGAACAUCUCGUCUCCUGGCUGCUGCUAUUGGUCUCCCUUCCGCUCUGCGCCUGGGUACUAUGGGGCAUUCGUGACAGCAACUACGACGUCGAGAAUGUCACCCAUGUCGAAGAUGUGCCUGAAGGCGCCAUCACUGGUAUUGCGCUGCCGCCUGGGCACGUUGCUGGCGAGCACCUGCCUGAUGACGGGGUCAAGUUCUCUCCCGAAUUGAAGGUGAAGGGGAGCACCAGCUCGUAA